AAGACUCACUCGUCCGGAGCUUUGAAGUUGUGUACAAUUGCAUAAAUGUUCUGACCACCUUAGUCAGACAUGGGUUCGUGUAUCUGAAAAAGGUUGUCACGCGAGCAUCGUACGAGCGAUCAUGGAUUUUUACUGGGGUGAUUGAAUGUAUUCAUCUAUGAAUGCCCAAGACUUUCGAAAUCGGUCAAAAAGUCCUAUCCAUAAUUUCUAUCUGGAUCUUUUGAAUUUCAAACACAAGCGAACGGAUCGAGAUAAUGAAGCAGCUCUCCUUUAUCCAGCCAUUGACGUUAAAGUUGCACCUAAAUGCACACACUUUGCGACGAUAAAUGGCCAAAGAUCAAGUCAGUUUGUUGGUUUACUGGAACAGCUGAUCAAUGCGAGGAGUAUUUGGGCUCCAGUCGACAUCAUCCAACAUACAUGUGUGUUGUACUACUCCCCACGCAGCCUUAUACCCUAAGCUAGAUUCUUCCAUAAAAAUGGAACGAGAUCAAACACCCGAG